UAUUUUUAGUGUUCGGUGAUCUUGUCGUCUUUGCGAUAGUCUUCGACAUUUUCUGCGCUCUUUUUAUUCGAGAAAAAGAACUGGAGCAGAAUUACAAAGUAAACGAGCCGUUGAAAGAAAAAACUUAGCAGAACACGAACGAGAUAUUUGACAUCGAACCUCAGUAAAAUUAAAACUAUAUAAAUUUCUUGUUUCGAAACAAGCAACAGCAAAUCGAUCAAAAUGUUUAAAAGCCAUUUGGAAAUGAUUGGUCGCAAUGAGACCCCCAGCAAGAAGGCGAAAUUCUGGCAAUCUUACAUCAGAUCCUUGAAGGGAUCCGAAGACAUCCGUGCUCAUGAGACACCACGCGUCAGCCGUCCAUACAGCUCGUACUUGGACUCGCCAGCCACAUACAGGAGCAUCUUCGAUGAACCCGCCACUGCCAACGAGCGUGUGCAGUCGCAUGGCUACAGAUACUUGCCAGUGAGCAGAGACACCUAUGGCUACUCGCCACGUGCCAUCUAUGAUCAUCACUACAGCAGAACAAUUCCAGCCAACUACGACGCAGAGAGGGCUUGGAAUGAUCACUUGAAGCGCAUGCAAGAAAUCGAACGCAGAUACCCAUCUCGUUACGGUCUCUACUUGAAGGACAAGCCAUACACACCAAACGCUUUGGUGCCUUUGGAAUACGAGCCAGAGGAUAAGCUGCUCCAAGAACUCAACAAGGCGCGCCGAUCACCAUCACCACGUCCAGGCCGUUGGACUCGUGCUGGCAGUGAACCGUACGUGCCACCACCAACCUACUGGAGCCGCGCACCAAGCGUGUCGCGCGCACCAUCUGCUUUUGAACGCGCACGCAGCUUGGCACCAGCCUUGAUCGAUCGUGCACGCAGCUUGGCACCCAGGCCAUUGUUCCGUGCCAGCUCGUUGGAACCAUUGGAUGAACUCUUUGAUAGUAAGUUAGCUGAUAGAACUUUUGAGCGUGCCGGCUCACCAAGUCCCACUCCCGUUAAGGCUGGCCGCUGGGGACCACGCCCCAAUGAAGUCUCCUAUGAUGCUAAUGGACUUCCCAUCUUCCAUCCACGCAAUCGCUUCAGGGAUUUGUUGAACCCCAAUCCUUAUGCGCCCAUCUCAGCAUUCACACGCGAUCCCUUCUGGUGGGAUGUCGAUGAUUUGGUGCCCCUCCGUGCCCUCUCCGUGCCACGCGCCCUCUCCGUGCCAAGGGGUUCCAGCCCCAUUGCACGCGACUCGUUCUUGUCGCCGGUGAAGAAUCGUUACUUGUGGUCCAAACAUCCAGCUAGACCAUUGACCCCUGAAGGCGAUGAAAUUUUGUAAAAGGAAAUUUACUAAUAACUUUGCAUAACAUCGACAACGAAAAAUGAACAAAAUAGAAAUAUUUAUCAAAACGAAAUUUAACGGCUGUUUAUCAAACCUUUAACAAACUUUGAAAAAUAACAUUAUUUUCGCAAAAAAAAAAAUUGAAUUGAAAAAAAAAAUAAAAUUAAAAUCUCAUCAACAAAAGUAAAAACCACGCAAAAUAUCAUAACAUACUACAUAAAUAUGGUAUACUAUAUGUAGCAUUAAAAAUCUCUUCACUGAUCUGAAGUGAAGCAGUAAUCUUUUUACUUAUCUCGUAUUUACUACAUUUACUCCAAUUCUAUGUUCUAACCACCAACAGCCAGCCUUUAAGUCAAACAAAUUGUUAAUGAAAUACAAAUGCAAUUACUCGUACAUUGUUAUAGAAAUUGCACACCGUACGAUUUUGUAAACACGACGACAAUUUGAAAAAAAAAAAUAUAUGCGAGCUUUUUUCGCAUUCACGAAAUAAGCAAAACGAAUAAUGAAACGAGGGCCAACUAAGGAAGAAAUCGAAAAUAUACUAAAUUAGUCGACCUUAUCCAAAAAAAACGAAAAUUUUUUCAACGCAUACAGAUAAGCACACCCACAACAACAACAACCAGAAAUUUAAGAACAACUCACGGAAACAAAAACUUCAGUGAAUUCAAUGAAAACAAAUCAGAAUGGGUGUACAAUAGCAAUUAAAAAUAAUAAUAAAUAUAACAGCAACAACAACAUUUAUUAUAAAAAUAUUUACGAUUCAGUUUAUUUACUUACAAAAUCUCAUAUUUUGUAUUUUGUAUAGAAAAUGUAUUUAUUUCAAUUUUUUGUGCUGCCAAUGACGACAACUAUGGAAUCUAAUAGAAAUAAAUGAGUAACGCAGUAAAAGUAAAAAAAAAAAUAAAAUUAAAUAAAAAUAAAAAUAAAAUAAAAUAAAUGAAAAAGACCUGAGUGCAUAUUUCCCGAGAUUUGUUUUUGCCAACAGCAGAAACCGAAUUAAUUUUCAAUUUUUAUUCAUAAUAUUAACUUUUCGAUAAGUAUUGCAAGCAUUAUGUGUAAAAAAUGAUUUACAUUUAUUCUCAGAGCGCGAAGAUGUUUAAUGUUUUAAGAUUACGAGUGUGAGCUCAAUCGAGGCUCUGUGGUCUUAUUAGGUUUAGGCGUUGUAUAAGAAGUAUUGUUCCUUUUUUGUAUAUUUGCGUAAGUCUUAUUUAAAGCUUAAGUUUGGAUAAAUGAAGAAAAUGAAGAUAAAUGAAGAAAACAUUUCGAAGUAAUAUAUUUAUGUUGAAACACAAAAAAUAAUAAAGGCGCACACAAGCACAUUCACACAAUUGUGUGUGCCAUUGAUGAUUUUUUGUCUGUGUGUGUAAUUGUAAAAUUUACAAUUUAUGUUUUGAAGUAAAUCAAAAACAUUUUUAUGAAAAAUUUAACUGAAUUGUAUAUAUCUGCCAACUUUUUAUAAAAUAUGAAUGCUUAUAUGAAUAAAAAUGCAAUUGCAACAACAACACCACACAA